GCGGCGAUGGCCUCGGCGGCCGUGGAGAGCUUCGUGGCCAAGCAGCUGGACCUGCUGGAGCUCGAGAGAGACGCGGAGGUCGAGGAGCGCAGGUCCUGGCAGGAAGACAUCUCUCUGAAAGAACUCCAGAGCCGAGGCGUCUGUUUGCUGAAGCUGCAGGUGUCCAGUCAGCGGACCGGGCUGUAUGGACAGCUGCUGGUCACCUUCGAGCCCCGCAGAGGGGCGUCUGCAGGGGUGCUUCCCAGUAACAGCUUUUCUUCCGGCGAUAUUGUGGGUCUGAAUGAUGAAGGCGGGCAGCUGGCCACAGGGAUCCUGACCCGGAUCACCCAGAAAUCGGUCACAGUGGCCUUUGACCAGUCCUGUGAUUUCCAGCUGAGCUUGGACCGAGAGAAGUCCUACCGACUCUUAAAACUUGCCAAUGAUGUCACUUACAAGCGACUGAAAAAAGCUCUGAUCGCCCUAAAGAAGUACAAUUCUGGCCCCGCGCUCUCCCUCAUAGAGGUUCUCUUCGGUGACUCAGCCCCCAGUCCUGCCAGUGACACAGAGGAGCUGACCUUCUACAACACCUCGCUGGACGCCUCCCAGAAGGAAGCGGUCUCGUUCGCGCUGUCCCAGAAGGAGCUGGCCAUUAUCCACGGGCCGCCUGGCACCGGGAAGACCACCACCGUGGUGGAGAUCAUUCUCCAAGCUGUGAAGCGGGGCUUCAAGGUGCUGUGCUGCGCGCCCUCCAACAUCGCCGUGGACAACCUGGUGGAGCACCUGGCGCGCUGCGGGCGGAGGGCGCUGCGGCUCGGGCACCCCGCCCGGCUGCUGGAGUCCAUCCAGCAGCACUCGCUGGACGCGGUGCUGGCCCGCGGCGACGGCGCGCAGAUCGUGGCGGACAUCCGGAAGGACAUCGACCAGGUCUCCGUGAAAAUUAAGAAGACCCAGGACAAGAGAGAGAAAAGUAAUUUUCGAAACGAGAUCAGGCUGCUGAGGAAGGAACUGAAGGAGCGGGAAGAAGCCACGAUGCUGCAAAGCCUCAUGUGGGCCGAGGUGGUCCUGGCGACAAACACAGGGGCUUCUUCCGACGGCCCCCUGAAGCUGCUGCCUGACGGCUACUUCGACAUGGUGGUCAUCGACGAGUGCGCCCAGGCCCUGGAGGCCAGCUGCUGGGUCCCCCUGCUCAGGGCCGGGAAGUGCGUCCUGGCCGGGGAUCACAGGCAGCUGCCCCCCACCAUCGUCUCUGCCAAGGCUGCGCUGGCCGGGCUGUCGCUGAGCCUGAUGGAGCGCCUGGCGGAGGGCUUCGGCGUGGGCUCGGUGCGGGCGCUGACGGUGCAGUACCGCAUGCACCGGGCCAUCAUGCAGUGGGCCUCGCAGGCCCUGUACCACGGGCAGCUCACGGCGCACCCCUCCGUGGCGGAGCGCCUGCUGCGGGACCUCCCGGGAGUGGCUGCCACGGAGGAGACGUGCCUUCCCCUGCUGCUGGUGGACACGGCCGGCUGUGGGCUGUCUGAGCUGGAGGAGGACGACCAGUCCAAGGGCAACCCCGGUGAGGUGCGCCUCGUCAGCUUGCACGUCCAGGCUCUGGUGGACGCCGGUGUCCAGGCGAGGGACAUUGCUGUCAUCACGCCCUACAACCUCCAGGUGGACCUGCUCAGGCAGAGCCUCGCUCACAGGCACCCAGAGCUCGAGAUCAAGUCGGUCGACGGCUUCCAAGGCCGCGAGAAGGAGGCCGUGGUGCUGUCCUUCGUCAGGUCCAACCGGACAGGUGAAGUGGGUUUCCUGGCCGAGGACCGACGGAUCAACGUCGCCAUCACCCGUGCCCGGCGCCACGUGGCCGUGGUCUGCGACUCUCGCACAGUCAGCAGCCACCCCUUCCUGAAGACCCUGGUGGACUACUUCACGGAGCACGGGGAGGUGCGCACGGCCUUUGAGUAUCUUGACGACAUCGUCCCUGAAAACUACUCCCACGAGAGUUCCCAGGGCCACGUCCAGGCUGCUGUGAAGCCCCCCGGCUCUGCCACGUCCACCAGGAAGCCUGGAAGCAGGCAGCCAGAGGGAGCCCCGGCGGCCAGAGCGGCUGCCAGGCAGGCCCAGAGGGCGUCGCGCGGGAAGCCUCCGGGCUCUGAGGUCCAGUCUCAGCCCGGCCUCAACGGAGGCAGCCCAGCGGGAGCGAAGAGCAGAGACAGCGCCGACCACUUCAGGGCCCUGAUCCUCGAGUUUGUGGCGAGUGAGCAAACGCGCCUGGAAUUUCCCUCCUCCCUGAACUCUCACGACAGGAUGCGUGUCCACCAGAUAGCCGAAGAGCACGGGCUGAGGCACGACAGUGCCGGCGAGGGGCAGAACAGAUUCAUAACUGUGAGCAAGAGGGCCCCGCUGGCCACGCAGGCCACGGCCACGCCAGCCACUGAGGCCGUGUCGGCCACACCAGCCGUGCAGGCCCCACCAGCCCCGCCGCCCCCCACAGGGGCUGACAGCCAAGCCCCUCUCUGUCCCGAGCCCCCCAGCCCUGCGCAGGUGCAGCCCCCCGUGCGAGAGCUGAGCGGCCUGGCCCUGAGGCCUGUGCAGCUGGAGAGACCGCAGAGGGGGAGGGGCAGGCAGGAGCUGCAAGCCAAGGGGGGGCCCCAGGCCGCGGGCCCGGCGCUGCGGAAGUCGUCAGAGAAGAGAAAGAAGAAAGACGCGAAAGGACCGGCGGCCCUAGACCUGCCCGCCGCGGAGGACUUCGACGCCCUGGUCUCUGCCGCUGUGAAGGCCGAUAACACCUGUGGCCUUGCCAAGUGCAGGGCCAGCGUCGCCACUCUGGGCCCGCUCUGCCCACACUGCGGCCGCCGCUACUGCCUCAGCCAUUGCCUGCCCGAGAUCCACGGCUGCGGGGAGAGGGCUCACGCCCAUGCCCGGCAGAGAAUCAGCCGGGAAGGAGUCCUCUACGCUGGCAGUGGGACCAAGGACAGGUCCCUGGACCCCGCCAAGAGGGCCCAGCUCCAGAGGAGGCUGGAUAAGAAGCUGGACGAGCUGACCAGCCAGAGGAAGAGCAAGAAGAAGGAGAAGGAGAAGUGAUGGGGUCCUCACACGCGACCCCAGAACUCGUCUUUCAGAA